GAGUGCCUGCUGGGAUCUGUGCUCCCUGGGAGGGGUCCAAAGGCAGGAACCCUUCCUGGCCAGCGUUUCCUGCCUCUACAUGGAGAGCUGCACCUAUGAAGCUGGAGGAGGAGGAAUAGCUGCAGAUGUUCAGCUUGAGGCUUUUGCACUUUACAUUGCUUGUUUUCCUGGGAAGCUUCUCUGGGGUUUGGGUUAUCUUUGGUGAGUUAUCCUUGGUGUGGAAUGUUAUCACUGCUUCAUGGCUCGCCUCAGCAGGAGGGACCCAAGAGAAUGCAGGCUCAAACACCCCAUGUGUGGGUGGAAUCCAAGGAAGGCUUGAGAGUCCUGGAGAUGUGGUGAGAAUAAACCCUGUGCCCUUGAACAGUGCCUGGGAAGAUGGUGGGAGUAAAGGGAUUUUUGUGUGUGUCAGUGUGAACGGUCAGAGUGAUAAGGAAGAGAGAGCUGUCCCAAGCCUCAUUUCAUCACUUCCCAGAAAUACUCCUCACUCAGUUUUUUCCUCUGACAGAAAUAUGCCAAAGGCCUGCUUGGUGGGACCCCAGACUCCAGAUGGCACCAGCCCGUGAGAGUUAUACAAAGAAUGAAGUAGUGACUCUGAGCUGCAACAAUGAUUCCCAGCCAUCUUUCACCCACAUCAAAUGUGCAGAGAGGGUUCAGCCAUGGAAUUAUUCUAGAUCUCUAAAUGCAGAUGUGUGGCUGGGGAGGAAAAGCAGUGAUGUCUGGAUUCACAUUGAGGGGAACAUAGAGUGCAUUGAGAAAUGCCAGAAGCCUCAGUGGGACUCCAGGUUUAUCUUUGACCAAGAACAGGAGACCUUCAACCCAAAUGAAGUGGUGAAUGUGAGAUGUCCUGAGGGGCACAGGCCUCCACCCAUGGAGAUCAAGUGUGUGAAGCUGAAGCCAAGGAAAGGUUCCAUGAUUGGUCACAGUGGCUGGAUAGUGAGGAAUGGCACAGGCAGCUGGUACCCUAUGGAGGAGAGCUUGACCUGUGUGGAUGUCCUCCAGGUUGUUCCUGAGACCCUGAAGAUUACCAGCACCAGCAUCAAACUGAAUUGGACCUGCAUGCUCCCUGACACCUGCCAGAAUAUUCGAGCCAGGUGCCGGCUGGAGGGGCAUUCUUCUCCUCCCUGUGAGGCUGAGGAGGUGAAGGGAGAGGAGAUGUUACAAGGUCAAGAGGGAACUUUCACAUGCCCACCUUUGCAGCCCUUCACUGUUUAUAGUGUCACUAUCUCCCAGCUGCCCAGCACAAUCCUGUACACACGGUUCCUCAGGACAAAGGAAUCAGUGCCAGACGAACCAGAGAAUCUGUCGCUGAAUCCCACCUUGGGAUCUCUCAGGUGGAAGGCGCUGCCCUCCUGCAAAGGGGAGAUCAUUGGAUACCAGCUGAACAUCACCACCAUGAGAGCAGACGACGACAGCUUCCUCGAAUUCAAGCAGGUGUUGGUGAACCAGUCGGUGACUGAGUACACCCCCCGCCAGACAGCUGGAAGAAAAUACGUGGUGACUGUGCAGGGCCUCACAACAGCUGGUGCUGGGGCUGCAUCAAGGCUGAAAUUUCAAUUUCAAGUCUUGGGUAAUGGUUCUUCUGCCCUGGGUCUGGUUGGGGGGGCCUCCCUGGGAGAUGGUUGA